ACAGAUGACAAGAGACAAAGAGUUGGAGGAUCCCACGGUUGAGGGAUAUAAUCUGUCACCAGGGAGCAGGACUGGAACACCGGCUGUGACAAAAGGGGAAUGUGUAAGCAGGGACACACUACAGGCAAAUCCCUCCCAUGCUACCCAUCACACGCACACCAGUAUAUACACAGCACUGCACACUACUAACAAAGCACACAUGUAUCAACACUAGCUCACAGAGGUCAGCAAACAUUCCUCAUCAAACAUUCCACAUGCACAAUAGCACCCCACACUGACUACUACUAAGCACAGCAAACAUUAAAGUCCAGGCUGAGGACCAGUUCUACAGAAUGACUCGCUAGCCAUCCAAUUCCAAUCUGAUCAGUCUGAGCUGCCAGGAUGUGGAUCCAUCUGCUGGCUCUUUUUUGCUUUGUUCUCCGUGAUGUUGCCACCCAUGUUCCAGUUGCAGAUGUUCCUCUCCGAUUCUCUUUGGACUCUGAAAUUGUUCACCCUGUCCGUGUGGAUGAACAGGGCUCUUUUCUGACCUUUGAUCUUUCACCCCGGAUAAUAAAAAAGAGAGGUAUAUCUCCCCAUUCUGCUCCCCCUGCUUACUAUGCAAUCAAGUACCAGGGAGUCGAGCUGAUCUUUAACCUUACCCAGAACCACCAGUUGCUGUCCCCUGGCUAUGUAAGUGAGUGGCACAAUGGAGGUAUACGAGAGGCGAGAAUACGUACCUGGACCCCGAGUUACUGCCACAUGAGGGGGGAGGUGCAAGAUCAAAACCACUUCAUGGGGAAGGCUGCUGUCAGUAUAUGCAGUGGACUGAGGGGGGUUUUCCAGCUGGCACAAGAGGACUUCCUCAUUGAACCAAUGGAAACUUCACCAUCUUCAGGAGAGUCAAUGCCCCAUCGAAUCUACAGGCGUCACCUGGAAGAGUUUAAGACAGAAGGACCGACUGGCUACAAACAAUGUGGUGUUAGGGAGCAUCCAAAUUCCCAGAACAAAUGGGAGAAAAGAAGAGAGCGCUGGGAGCACUCACAGCUUAGAAACAACCAGACACGUCGUAUCAGGCCACGUUCCAUUAGCAAGGAGAAGUGGGUGGAGACACUAGUUGUGGCUGACCAGAAGAUGGUAGAAUACCAUGGUAGAAACCACGUGGAAAACUAUGUCUUAACUAUCAUGAAUAUGGUAGCUGGACUUUUCCAUGACGCUAGCAUUGGGAACAGAAUAAACAUUGUCAUUGUACGCCUGAUCCUGCUAGAGAGUGAGGAGGAGGAAUUGAAAAUCACUCAUCAUGCCGAUAACACUUUGCGUAGCUUCUGUAAGUGGCAGAAGAGCCUAAAUAUGAAGGGCGAGGAGCAUCCGUUACAUCAUGACGUUGCCGUGCUCCUUACCAGAAGAGACAUCUGUGCUGCCAUGAAUCGCCCCUGUGAAACCCUUGGACUCUCUCACGUGUCUGGCAUGUGCCAACCACAUCGCAGCUGUAACAUUAAUGAGGAUACAGGCCUACCCACCGCAUUCACAGUUACUCAUGAGCUGGGACACAGCUUUGGUGUACAGCAUGAUGGCAGUGGCAAUGAAUGUCAACCAAAAGGAAAGAGACCACACAUCAUGUCACCACAACUUGUAUAUGAUACAGCCCCACUCACCUGGUCUCGCUGUAGCAGAGAUUACAUAACCCGCUUCUUGGACCGGGGAUGGGGGCUCUGUCUAGAUGAUCCUCCCAGUAAGGAGUUGCUGAAUUUUCCUUCUGUGCCCCCUGGGGUGUUGUAUGAUGUUGGACACCAGUGUCGCCUGCAGUACGGAUCUACUUCCAGUUACUGUCUGGACAUUGAUAAUGUUUGUAACACUCUCUGGUGCUCGGUGGGCUCAACAUGUCACUCCAAGCUUGAUGCUGCUGUAGAUGGAACAACCUGCGGGGAAAACAAGUGGUGUUUUAGUGGAGACUGUGUUCCUGUUGGCCAUCGCCCGACUCCUGUAGAUGGUAUGUGGAGUUCAUGGAGCUCAUGGUCAUCGUGUACUAGAACCUGCGGUGCUGGAAUACAGAGUGCAGAGCGUCAUUGCAGUAAUCCUACUCCUAGAUAUGGAGGUCGAUACUGCCUUGGAGAGAGGAAGAGAUAUCGAUUGUGUAACAUUGUUCCCUGCCCCCGGAAUACUACAUCUUUUCGCCAGCAGCAGUGUUCUCACUUUGACUCUGUUCCUUACAAGGGAAAGCUUUAUCACUGGAGCCCAGUACCAAACAACAUUAAUCCCUGUGAGCUUCACUGCCGGGCCGAUAAAGAGCACUUUGCAGAAAAGCUGUUGGAUGCAGUUAUUGAUGGAACUCCAUGUUACGAGGAUAAUUCCAGAAGGGACAUGUGUAUUAAUGGCAUCUGUAAGAACAUUGGAUGUGACUUUGAGAUUGACUCCAACGCAGUUGAGGAUAGGUGUGGAGUAUGCCUGGGAGAUUCAUCUUCUUGUCAUACUGUCCACAAAAUGUUUGAGGACAGUGAUGGUCUUGGUUAUGUGGAUAUUGGGCUUAUUCCCCCAGGAGCUCAUGAAAUCCACAUUGAAGAAGUGGCAGAGGCAGAAAACUUCUUAGCAUUGCGCAGCGAAGAUCCAGAGAAGUAUUUUCUGAAUGGAAAGUGGACAAUACAAUGGAAUGGUGAUUACCGAGCAGCAGGAACAACCUUUACCUAUACCCGUACUGGAAAUCUUGAGAAUCUAACUGCCCCUGGUCCAACAUAUGAGCCAGUCUGGAUUCAGCUGCUGUUCCAGGAGAAGAACCCAGGAGUUCGUUAUCAGUAUACCAUCAGAAGAGAUCCAGACAACAGCAAUGAGAUCCAGCCACCUGACUUUUCUUGGAGAUUUGGCUCUUGGACGGAGUGUUCUGCCACCUGUGGCACAGGAGUGCAGAGACAGCUGGUCCACUGUGUGGAGAAAGUGGUUGGUCUUGUGGAAGAGAGAUAUUGUGACUUUCUGACAAGACCAGAUGACAGACAUAGGACUUGUAAUGAAGAGGCUUGCCCUCCAAGGUGGUGGGUGGGAGAGUGGCAGCAGUGUUCCAUCACGUGUGGCAUAAAUGGUGUCCAAAAGAGAACAGUCCUAUGUAUCCAAAGAGUUGGGCUGGACGAGCAACGUGCAUUACAACCCGUAGACUGUGUGCACCUCCCCAAACCUGAGGCCAGCAUGCCCUGCAAAUACCCCACACCGUGUCGUGCCACUUGGCAUCAGGGUAACUGGAGUGAGUGUUCUGUAUCCUGCGGGGAAGGAGUGCAAUAUCGGGAAGUGUAUUGCUCUAAUGAUGUUGAGGGAAAUGUCUGUGAUCACUCUGACCGUCCUGUCAGUAAGCGUGCAUGUGUGCUAUCUUCAUGCCCAUUUGACUCCUUUUCUCGAAUUGAUUGGACUGGUAGCGGAGGAUCCAGCAAGGAAAAUUUCAAUGAAAUUUUUCCAGGUCAACCUCGGACAUUUCCUAAUAACCAGCUUCCCCCAGAAGACAACUCAAUUUCAGAAGGAGAUUUCUCCAGUGUGGGAGAGGGAGGACAAAGGAAAGGAGGACGAGCAUUUGUUGAUGAUUUCUAUUAUGACUAUAAUUUUAUCAAUUUCCAUGAAGAUUUAGACUACGAUCCCUUAAAUAACAAUGAUAUCGAUGGAAUUGGAGAUGUAGGGUGGCGGGGAGAAGAACAUCCUACCCAAAUUCCUGAGGUUGAGGUUUCUGAAAAACAGGAUGAAGAGCAGAAGAAAGAAAUUAUCCACUUUACAACUACAACUGUAAAACUGGCCACCAAAGAAAUGGAUAUAUCAGUUUCUAGUAAAUAUUUUCAGAUCUCAAACAUACAUAGUAAAACAAACUCUUAUGUUUCUAAAGAAGAGGACCAAAGUGGAUCCAGCAAAAGGGAUAACAACAAUAACUUAAAUCAUCAAGUGGAAAAUACAUCUGAUGAGUUACACACAAGUCCACCCAGUAAGGGUAUUCAAAAUACCUCAUUUUAUCAGAAACCACAUGAUGCAUCAGUCAACCUCCCCGAAGAGUCAUUAACUCAUCUCAUUAUCAAUCCCUUGCAGGGUGGCACACAAGAACCCACAUAUGUUACUACAGAUUUAUCUAAGGUAGCACAAGAUCUCUCAAAAAAUCCACCAUCGUAUCUCCCAAACCCUACAGAAGUAACAACAUAUUCCUCUCCGUAUUCAUCCUUUGACCCAUUACCAGUUACAGCACAGGAUAUUUCACAGUAUCCAACAUCCACUCCCUGGCCUGUAAUGGAUAGUUCACAAUUUCCAUUGUAUGGUACAGAUCCGGUACAAGACAUAAUGCAGGAUCCAACCACAUAUCCUUUGAAAGCUCUGAACGUGAAUCCUGCUCCAGGACAUGUUCAGAAUGAGCAGCUCUCAUCAAACAACAAUUUGACAAAUCCAAUGCAAAAUAUAUCAAGUGCCUCAGAGGACUUCGUGUUGUUUGACCUAUCUGCUGAUUAUGUUCCCCAUGUUACAUCGAAGAACAUGCCAACUGAAGCCACUUUACCAUGGGAUCCAUGGGUGUCUCAAUUAGGAGAUUCCAUGCGCCCUCCCUCCUCUGAAUCAGCAUUUACCAGGGAACCAGAACUUGAUCAUACGGUCUUCACUGCUCUUCAUAUCACAUCUUUACCAUCUACUGAAGCUGCCCUGUUUCCAGUGAACUCUAAUGAUAGUGACAAAAGCAUAUCAUUCGACAUGCUAAAUACUCAAAACUCUAAUGAUGGGAACUCCCUUUUUGUAACUCCUGCACCAUCUGUUGCAAUUCAUACCACUUCUUUAUCAUCCGUUGGCAACAGUUAUCUAUGGAAGGGCUACUGGGAGGUCGGAAACUGGAGUGAGUGUUCUACAUCUUGUGGUUUGGGUGCAAAGUGGCGUCCAGUUUGGUGUUCAGGAGAUUCGAAUAACACAUGUGAUCCCAGUGCUAAGCCUCCACCUGCUCAUCGCUGCUUUCUGCGACCAUGUGCUUCCUGGUCUGUGGGGACCUGGAGCAAGUGCUCCCAUAACUGUGGAACUGGGGUAAAGAUGAGAGAUGUUCACUGUGUAAAUAUUCGGGACAAGAGGAUUUUGCGUCCAUUUCACUGUCAAACUGUUGCCUCCAAACCUCGUACUCAGAUACCUUGCAAAGAACAUCAGUGCAUGGAGUGGAACGUUUCAUCCUGGACUGAGUGCUCAGAGGAGUGUGGCGAGGGGACUCAGGAGAGAGAGGUAUCAUGUCCAGAGUCUGGAAGCUGCAAUGACAAUCUGAAGCCUGGCUCCAGACGCACAUGUAAUGAUCAUCCAUGUACCACCUGGACUGUGGCUCCAUGGAGCCGGUGCACAGCGUUGUGUGGUGGUGGCAUCCAGGAACGGCAGGUAAAAUGUCUGAACACAAGGACAAGACUGACAGAGGAAGAUAGCAGCCUAUGCGACCACCUGCCGCGGCCUGAUAACACCCAGAAAUGUAACCUUCAGGAAUGUCCGCUUCCUCAAAAUAUCUCUUGCUCCGGAGACCGAAUCGCAUUACCCUUCUGCCAGGCCUUGAUGAAUCUAGAUCGCUGCUCUUUACCAAUGGUCCAAACUCUAUGCUGCAAGACCUGUCAAUCCCAUCUCCUAGGCCCUCGUGAGCAUGGUAAACAGCAGCUGUCCCGGAGGUGAGAAUGGGAGGCAUGUCUGCUGUCUCAGGGACUAGAUGGGCUGCACUCAAGGCUCACUACAUGAAAAUGCUAACAUUGGUAGGUUAUACUUGGCCCUUGCUGGAACAAAUACAUGGAGAUCUUUCUGCAUCCUCUUUUUUACACCACUUGGGUGGUAUGGUUGAAGCAACCCAUAUGGCCUACCAGUCACGACCAUCUAUAUGUAUUCAUAUAAAUAUCAAAAAGAGACUGAAAAUAAAGUCCCAGCAAAGAAAGGAUUAAUAUAAAGCUGCCAUAUAUCAAUAUAAGCCGUCCAAUGCUACAAAACCUCUGGACCUAUGGUGCUAGCUGUUGGCAUGUGACCUCUAUUUGACCUCGGUUGAUGCCCCGCUGGCUGGCCAGUGAGGGACCCAAGUCUUCCAACAAUAUUGGACUUUCUGGUGCUCUAGAUGUGUAAUGAUGCACUAUGGCAUUAUUAUUUUUUAAUAGUAUAAUCGUGUUUCAUGUACAAACUGUGAGGAGGUCUGUGUCCAUUCUCUGGUUUAUAAUAUGUAUUAUUCAUUUUACUAGCAUUGUGCACAGAUGAUUGGCAUGCAUGAGGGGGCAUAAGAAACCCUAAAUCUACCAAGGAUUUGCACUCAUUGCUGCAGAACCCACCUGCAUUAAGGAGUAGUAGGAGUGCCAAGAGAAACAGAUGAGUUAAAACACAAAGCCACUGGCUGCUUUGCUUGUGGAAAUAAAUUCUGCACUAGUUACUGGAUUGAAAGGAGAGACUUUGAGAAUUGUACACUGUUUAAGAGAAGUGAGGUCCUAUAUAGGUUUAUAGUUAUGCAAUAAUUUGCUUUAAAAUAUUGGUGCUAUAAAACAAAUCAUUUUUAUAUUCCUACAUGUUAUGGUGUGCCUGUAAAAACCCACAUGUGAUUAGCACACAUGUAAAGCCCUACAGCUGAGCCAAAGUACUCUGAUCCUUAUAACAUGGUACUUACUGGGACACUACAAUCACCAGAACCAAUACA